AUGGGUAUCUGUGCCACUCGACAAACUGGUUCUGCUCAAGCCCUGAGCGAAAUUGAAAAAGGAAGACAACAACAAGAGAGAGAAAUUAAAGUUCUCCUUCUUGGUGCUGGUGAGUCUGGAAAAAGUACCAUCUUCAAGCAAAUGAAAAUCAUACACCAAAAUGGUUAUUCUGAAGAAGAACGUGAGUCCUACAAGGAAAUCAUUUAUGGAAACAUUUUGAAGGCCAUGAAGAAUCUCGUACAGGCCACUUUCUCGUUCAACAUCCCUAUUGAACAAGAGGAAAACAGAGAACGUGCCGGUAAGAUUAAUGAACUCGAGCAAGAGGCUCUUCUCCACGUACACAAGUAUUGGACUGCUGAAAUUGCCGAUGAUAUUCAAUGUUUAUGGUCCGAUCCUGGUAUUCAAAAGGUCUUUGAAAAGAGAAAUGAAUUCCAACUUGAUGACUCGGCCCAAUACUACUUUACUCAUUUGGAUCGUAUCAAACAACCUGAUUAUAAACCAACUUUGGAAGAUGUGGUCCGUUCCAGAGUCAAGACCACUGGUAUUGUCGAGAUGAGCUUCAAACUCGACGACCGAUCGGUAACCUUAAUCGACGUUGGUGGACAACGUAACGAACGAAAGAAGUGGAUCCACUGCUUUGAAGGCGUUACUGCCAUUAUUUUUGUAACCUCUCUCAGCGAAUAUGAUCAACGUUGUUAUGAGGACGAUUCAACGAACCGCAUGCACGAGAGUUUGUUGUUGUUUGAUGAAAUUUGUAACUCGAGAUGGUUCAUGGAGACUUCCAUUAUUUUGUUCUUGAACAAGAUGGAUCUCUUCAAGGAAAAGAUCAAGAGAGCCGAUCUCAGUCAAUUCUUCCCAGAAUAUGAAGGAGGUAGAAACUUUGAAGCAGCUGCUAACUUUAUUCGUUCUAAAUUUGAAGAGAAGAAUCGUAAUCCAAGACACAAGACGAUCUAUGCUCACUUUACUUGUGCUACUGAUACUCAACAAUUGCAACAAGUAUUUGAUGCCAUCAAGGACAUUAUUUUGAACAAGACCCUCAAAGAACAAGGUCUGUUCUAA